AUCUUCUUCUCGAGAGGAGAGAGGAUUAGCGAGACAAAGCUGGUCUUGUCUUACUUCAACCUCAUUCAUUUAUAUAAUCUGUAGAAAUAUAUAUAUACAUAAACAGAUAGAGAGGACUUGGCAUUGGCCAUGGAGUACGAGAGGAUUGAGAAGGUGCAGCAGAAGAGCAUACUCUCGCCGACUAAGCUGAGAAUGAAGCUAAUGGGUCCGCACAAUAACAAAAAGAGAGAAGGAUCUAACAAUAACUCUUCAAGAACAUCUCCUGUUCGUCUUGAAGUUUCGGACGGCACUGAAUUCUCCAAGAACAGCUUGCUUGCUUCUAAAUCUGAUUCAUACGAAGAUGAUAAUGUGGCGGCUUCAAAAACGGACAAAGGAGUAGCUAAACUGUCGGUUUUGGACCUAAGCGAUACUCAAGCCUCGAGACAUCGGUCUGAAGGUCUUACGAGAGAAACCAAUCAACCGAAACCUCAGCAACUGAAAAAGGCUGACUUGAGUAUGGCUCUGAGACCACAAGAAGAUGAAAAUGUUGAUUAUGACAGUAACGCCAGCUCAUCAAGCUUCGAGUUUCACGGUGGUGUUCGUGGAGAGCGUUCGAAUCAGAAUCAUGUCUCAAGAGCAUACCCUUCGAGACAGAUGCCAUCCAAGUGGAAUGAUGCUGAGAAGUGGAUAAUGAGCAGACAGAACAUGGUGAUGAGGAAGAACGGUCAAGGGAACCGAUUGCCUGCUAGAGUUGUGACCGAUAAUACAGUUUACGAGCAUAACAAAUCUAGGAUGCAAACUGAUGGGUUCGAGAAGUUCCCUAGGUAUGUUCCCACGGUGCCACAUCCAAUUCCAACUCAAGGUUAUGGAGGAAACUUGUUGAUCGAACAAUCAACACAAAGCAAUGGUCUUGUGGACACAACAAAGGAUUCAUCACGUGACGAAACACCAGCUGGUCCUGUGAUACGCUCUGUAUGUAUGAGAGAUAUGGGAACUGAUAUGACACCAAUACCGAGUCAAGAACCGUCAAGAUCUGUAACACCAUUUGGUGCAACAACUCCUCUUCGCAGCCCGACUUCGUCUCUGCCUUCUACUCCUAGAGGAGGCCAACAAGCAGAGUCACAAGACCUGUCAGCAAACACAAAAAGAGAACUAUCUGAGGAGGAAAUGAAAGCGAAGACGAGAAGAGAGAUAGUAACCCUCGGGGUUCGGUUAGGGAAGAUGAACAUCGCGGCUUGGGCAAGUAAAGAAGAAGAGGAGAACAAUAAAAACAAUGUAGACGCAGAGGAGACACAGAGGAUUGAGUUUGAUAAACGAGCGAUUGCUUGGGAAGAAGCAGAAAAAUCAAAACAUAAUGCAAGGUAUAAGCGUGAGGAGAUCAGAAUCCAAGCUUGGGAAAGCCAGGAGAAAGCCAAACUCGAAGCAGAAAUGCAACGUAUUGAGGCUAAAGUUGAGCAGAUGAAGGCUGAAGCUGAAGCAAAGAUAGUGAAUAAAAUAGCAAUGGCUAAGCAAAGGUCUGAAGAGAAACGGGCUUCCGCGGAAGCUAGAAAAGCCCGUGAUGCCGAGAAGGCAGUGGCUGAAGCCGAAUUUAUCAGGGAAACUGGUCAAAUACCGGCGUCAGGAUACAAGAUAUGUUGUGGUUGGUUCUCAUGAGGCAUUGGAAUGACUUUUUGUCUUUUGAGUUAAUCAGGAUUUGCUUCUCAAAUCCCUUUGUGUAAUAUAUUAAUCGAAUGCAUCUUUUUUUUUUGGAAUGCAUCUUUUGUUGCUUGGGUUCAAAAGAGAAUGGCAAAGAUUGUGUCUUACGUUGGGGCUUGCUAUUGCCUAAGGCCCUAAAGGAACAAUUUAAACCUGAACCGAUAAAAACA